GAGGAGAUCACGGUGACGUCGCCCAACGGGCCGCCCCUCUGCGUGGGAACCUACCGCCUCGCGCGGGAGCAGCCCAACGGGCAGCCAGCCUGGAGGAGGACCGGCGAGGGCGCCGAGCGGUGGCUGUUCUACGAUCCCAGGGGCGACUGGGCCAUCGGGGGCGGCGACGUAAGGGCCACCAACUUCCAGUCCAGCAACGGGUGGAUCUACUCUCCGGCCGCGGGCGGCAGCGAAGUGCCGAUGCCCUGGCAGACGACGGGGUGGAGACGCUUCGACGGGACCGAGCACGUGUUGGACCCUGCGAUCCAGGUGUCUGCCGUGAUUCCUAACACCGUCGCGGCGGCUGUUCCUAUAGUCGAGACGCUCCCUGCACCUACGCAAGGCAUGGUUUCACAAACAGCGACCACGAAGGAGGUUGCUACAACGAUAACCACUCCAGUUACCCGAAGUGCGACCACCACGGCCACCGCUACCACGAGAACGACGACGAGCCGAACUGCGACGACAGAAACAAGCACGACAUCGACCACAAAACGUACAACGUCAACAAUCAGUUCAUCACCGAGUACUACGAGUACUACUCGGCCGACCACGUCGACGACUGCAACAACCACGUCGACGACUCUUACAACCACGUCGACGUCAACAGUGGCCGCCCUCGGUCCGGACGAGCCGCUGCACUGCCAGAAGGAGGCCACAGGAGUUCGGAAGUGGUGCGAUGCCUCCCUGGACCUCGACCAGCGCGCAUCGGCCCUCAGGGCAGCCCUCACCUUGGAGGAGAAGGUCGUCCUCUUCACCUCGGGGGUCGAGGCGCUCCAGAAGACGCGGCUGAACACGACCGGCAAGCACGGCCACGGCGCCGUGAAGG